AAAAAUCUCCGGUAUGUUCUCCGGUCUUCCGGCCAAGCUUUUGGAUUUCAGAGCACAAUCGAGAUUCUGCAUCCUGCUUUCAUUGUCGCCACCACUCUCUCUCUCCCUCCCUCCCUCAAAAGCUCCGUCAACACACCCCAUCACAACCAUUCUUACUUAAUGGGCGAAUCAAGGGAGUUCCGGAACACCCUUGCGUUGAUCACUAACCUUUUUGCGGGAGUUCCAUCCCUUUCUCAAACCGCUGCUAGGUGGAUGGGUAGGUCGGCUUCACGAAUGUAUCUCUCCCAAAAGGAUCCGAUCAGUUGUUGGCGACUGGGAUUAAAACACAGCAGAAAAAACUAUUCUGUUUUAUGGGUUGCGGGUGUUCUGCUAUCUAUAUCGGGGCCUUAUUGUGAGAGACUAGCAUUCUUUAAUGAGAAAGGAAGGGCAGUAUUUGGGUGUGCAAUUGCUGACGAGGAAGAGUUAUCAGGUUUUGAAGCCCUCAAAAACAGCAGCUUGGGGUAAGAGGAGGGCAUGGAUAUGCAAGCAGUUGAGAAUGGUGGGUUUUGUUUUUGGGCUAAUGGGUUCGUUCUUCCUUCUUGAUUCUGUGAUGCUUACUGUAGUUCAUCACAUCAGUUUUCGCAAUGGUCACUUCCGCAGCAAAGAAUGGCAAAUGCAGGAUGGAGGGAGCGGAUAUGAUAUUAAUGUAGAAAAUACUGAAAAGCUGAUGUAUGAACGCCUUAUAAAUUUGGCCCAUUCUGCAUUGGCAAAGAAUGAAUUACAAGCGGAUCCAUUUUCACAAUGGAAGGAACCCUACGAGCAAGCAUCAUCAUGGAAACCAUGUGCAGAUAAAUCUAGCAGUGCUGUCCAUCAAGAAAAUGUCAUGAACGGCUCUGGAUUUAUCUUAGUAAGUGCAAAUGGUGGUCUAAACCAGCAACGCGUCGCUGUCUGUAAUGCCGUUGCUAUUGCUGCAAUGCUCAAUGCAUCUCUAGUUCUUCCCAAAUUUCUUUAUAGUAGUGUUUGGAAGGAUAAAAGCCAGUUUGGUGAUAUAUAUCAAGAAGAUUAUUUCAUAAGUUUGUUGAAGGAUGAUCUGAGAAUCAUAAAAGAGCUGCCUUUUCAUCUUCAAUCAUUGGAUCUGGAAUCAAUAGGCAGCCAGGUAAGUGAUAUGGACAUCAGGAAAGAAUCAAAACCUCUUUAUUUCUCCAAAGUUAUACGUCCUCUUCUGUUGCGAAAUGGUGUUGUUCACUUUCUUGGAUUUGGCAAUCGGCUUGCAUUUGAUCCAUUACCAGCCAAUCUCCAGAAAUUAAGAUGCAAAUGCAAUUUCCAUGCAUUCAAAUUUGUCCCAAGAAUUCAAGAGAUUGGUUCCUUGCUUUUGAAACGGAUUCGAAAAUAUAAUUAUAGGGUUUCUGAAUUGGACAAACAACUACUUGGAAAUCACAUGCCCAGCAGCUUGCUGGUUGGGAAUAACAGAUCUGGAAAACCUCUCAAAUAUCUUGCUUUACACAUGAGGUUUGAAAUGGAUAUGGUGGCAUACUCUGUAUGUGAUUUUGGCGGAGGAGAGAAGGAAAGAAGGGAAUUGCAAGCAUACAGGGAGAUUCAUUUUCCUACACUUGUCAUGCGGAUGAAAGAGAAUGCAUCCUUCUCCCCAGCUGAACUGAGGAAGUUAGGAAGGUGCCCACUGACACCAGAAGAAGCAGCACUGAUGCUUUCUGCUCUUGGCUUCAAACAGAGAACUUAUAUAUAUCUAGCUGGAUCGGAUGUAUAUGGAGGUAGAUCAAGAAUGCUUCCAUUCACCUCACUCUACCCAAACUUAGUUACAAAGGAGGAUUUUCUGACACCUAGUGAACUUGCUCCCUUCAGAAACUUCUCUUCUCAGCUGGCAGCUCUUGACUUCAUUGCAUGUGCCACUGCUGAUGUAUUCGCCAUGACUGAUUCAGGUAGCCAGCUCUCAUCCCUUGUAACUGGCUUCCGAACAUAUCAUGGAAGGGGUCGAGCCCCAACAUUACGGCCAAACAAGAAGCGUUUUGCCAAAAUUUUGUCCCAAAAUGGUACGUUAGGGUGGAUUGAUUUCGAAGAGAGAGUGAGGAAGAUGAUUGAAGAAAAUCAGAGAGUGCAGGUGAGGCCAAGAGGCCGCAGCAUCUACAGGCUGCCAAGGUCUCCAGGGUGUAUGUGUAAGGCCUCAGAACGAAACCUGGAGCAUCUGUAGCAUCCAUUGUUCCAUAGUGAAUUUGCCAAGUCUGAAAAAUUCUUCCAGCUUUUAUAUUGAUUCUUUUUGUAAAACAAUAAUGCCAUAUGGGAAACCUUUUGAUUCUUAGUUGUCUA